AUGUCCUCACCCUCAGACUCUGGUGAAAACAGCAGUGACUGCAUGAAGAGAUUGAGUCCUCAGAAAGCAGAGGCCCUAGUGGUGCAGACCAAAGCAUCAUCCUCAUCGUCCUCAACUGCUACUUUCAGGGAAUCUCCCAACAUCCGACUUGACUCUGGUGCCUUCUGGAGGAGGAAUAGGAGCUGUGAUGAUCAACACAACUCCGCAAACUAUGAAGCUCCCCAAGUGACCGCCAUGGUAUUUCCAUUUAAGCGAGAUACCCCAGUUUGCAAACAAGGGACAUCUUGUGUUGUGCCAAAGAGCCUUUCAGUCAGGAAGAGAACUUUAGAUGAACAUGGUGCUCAUCCUCAACUGUACAUUCUAAAUGAACUUUUCUCAUUGAAGUGCAUGGACUUGCAGUGUUAUAUCCAGCCUCUGUCAUCCAUCCUACGAGGUUUGAAAUCUGGCAGAUACUCGACACGUUUUAGCAGUUUCCAGGAGAGGGUUGCAAUGGACCGUAUCCAGAGAAUAAUGGGGGUCCUGCAAAAUCCUAACAUGGGAGGACACUUUCUCAGCAUCAUUAUGAAAAUAGAAGAGAUGCUCCAAAUUUGGUUCCCUCGCAUAAAACCAAAUCAGGUCCAUUACAGCCCACCAUCCAAGAAGCAAAAGCAGGGCCACAGCAGUGCUCCGUCGUCACCGGCAUCAGUUUGCUCUUCAGACGGGUCGUGGGUCACCUGCGACUCGUGCAACCAGGUUGGACGUCUGCACAUUUCACCCAUCUGCUCCCUAGAACGCUUAGAGUCAACAGUUGGCCCUCGAAGCCUGAGUCAGGGCGUCACCCAGGACAAUUUCGUCUCCUCCAGUACUGACUGUCUGCUGUUGCCUCCACACCGCCUGAGAGGUCCGCCGUGUCGUCUCAGUCAGGCGACACUGCCCUUAAAUAUGAGCUCUCCUUGUCUGGAAAGACUACUAAAGGCCAAGAAGAGCAACCUCACUUCAAGAAGAGACAGCAAAGAGGCUGAUUGCCAUGGAUACUGGCAUGAUUCAAGACACGUGAGGUGCCGCAGUUUGACAUCCCAAAAAAGCUAGAGAACUUAAUUUUAGAACCAACUAAUUCAAUCUGAUUUUAGAAUCUUUUGCUUUAUUCUAUCAUGAGGUUAGAAGAAACAUAAAGCACAGUAACCGGAAGCUAAUGCUUUAUGUGCCUCAAACCUGCAUUAUUUUCACAACCAUUUAGGGGCAGGUUAAAAAAAACAUCUAGAAUCUCCCCAUUGAAGGCGUAGUAAUUUUAAAAUAUCGGGUACUCAAGGAGGAUGCCGAUGCCAGUCGAUACAGACCAAGACAAAGUCUUCAUUAAGGCCUGCUCAGCUGCAAUUCAAGCUAUACUGUUUGAUAAAUCAGAUAAUGCGUGAAGAAAGUUUCACAUCUUUUGUUAGUAUUGUGUUAAGUGAAAGUUUAUAUAUCAAAAGAACUACAGGUACAGUAUCAAAGAAUGAAGACGUGUAGUGAAAAAAAGUGCUGUCAAACCUUCCUAAUCUCUACCUCUGUGUGGUCAUUGUCAAAACAUGCUGUGUAUUUCCAUUGUUGAGGACAAAAAUCAAGUAAUUGAGCUGUAAUAGCCAUUCUAAAGUCACUAAUAAUAUACUUUGAAUAUCACAAUGAAACCAUUAGUUGCUUCCUUGGUUGAAUUCUGUGUGGCUUGGGAAUACGUUACAAUUUCCGUCUGCAGCCAAAUGUUGGCCAGUCAGCCUUAAAUAAAUGUCCAAUGCAAAAGCAAUGUGUCUUUUAAACUGAAAAACAAUUAAAUGUACACUCAGUUCAUGAGUCUAUAUUGGAAUGAAGGCACAUUUACUUUUGCUAAGUCCUUGGAUAGUUUUUCGAGCAGAGUGCAACGACUGUCACCUGAUGUCCUCUUCUACUCACUGCUGACCCCACACCAUUCUACAAGGCAGAAUUGAAUCCAAAAAAUUGAAGAAGAAAAUGCUAUGGAGAUCAACAGAUUCUCCCUAAUUAUCUAGUAAGUCUCUUCACAAAUACAGAACUAAGAAGGCACAUAACAGAGAUCCGUUCUGUCACCAGUCUGCAAAUUGAAAGUAUGUACAUCAAAUGCCUCAGUUUAUUUUCUUUUUCUCAUUCCUUUAGUACCAACUGUGCAACCUCUGUCAAGUUCCAUGAACCAGUUAUGUAUAUUUUUUGACUCCUCUAGAAGGUACUAUUGGUUUAAAUAAAGGGGAUUAAUAAAUGCCAAGUCAAUUGGCUUGCAGCCCAGUGUUGACAUCUGGAAGAGUCAAAAAAUACAACUGGUUCAUGAAGGAAAUUUGAAGCUUAAUUUUCCCCAUCACUAGUGCUGUGACAUGUGCAUGCAUUGCAAAUGCUUCCAGAGAAUGAAUGACCUCUGCAACAUAAAGUUGGGAAAGAAA